GUUUUUCUUUUUAUGUUUUAUAAUAGUUAUUUUGACAAGUUUCGCGUACGCAUUUUAUAUUUUAUUAUCACCAAAAAUGGAUUAUCCUUUAAAUGAACGUAUAGUUAAUGAUGACCCUAAUAAUCCUUGGAAUUUGGCAUCUACCUAUCAAGUAUUUGAAAAUGUAACCAGCCUUUAUUCCAAUUUAUUUAUUUUACAAACUCCUGAUGAGAACACAAACAUGUUUACGACCUUUUUGACUUCAUUAUUCGCAACAUGUUUAUUACUUACAGGUGAUACAAGUUCGUUAUCCAAUUGGCCAUAUGAAAAAAAUCCAUCACUUAUGAUAUUAAUGAUUUUGUUCACAUUUAUAAUGACCAUAUAUAUUUUAAAUGUAUUUAUCACACUAUUUGGUGAAGCGAUAAAAGAUGGUGAUUCAUAUUUAUUAAGGAAAGCGGAGCAUUUAGCUAAAAUUGAAUUAUUUUACCUAUUACCGAAUCAGAGACGUUGGAAAUCAUGGUUCCCUGAAAUAAUUCAUUAUUAUGCCAGUGUGGAUAAGGCUCGAAAAGAAAUUAAACAAAUGAUUGAAAAGAAAGAAUGGAAUAACAAUGUAUUACCAGAACUCAAACGAGAUUUGUUAAACAAACUUCAUAUCGAUGAAAAUUAGACAAUUUUGGGAAUUAUAUAGGUUUUAAAUCAUUUAGGAAUGAUUUUAUUUUUUCCUUACUUAUUUAAUUUUUAACUAGAAUUAUAGAGUAUGUAUUCUUAGUAUAAAGUUUGA